AUGUUUUGUUACAAGUCUCAUGACUCGGCAGUGGCUACCGCACCGUGUCCACCGAGCCUCGUCGGCCUAUGUAAAAACAAGUCGCAUCGCAUGUUGCAGGACGCUAAAAGCCCCCGAACGGUACAAAUUGCGCCCGGAAUCGGGAUCCAUCAUAUCUUCAUCGUUCCGGGCUACCAAUUGGACAACCAACGCGCUCCCUUCUGCAGCUUUGUCUUAGUCGAUCGAUCAGUUUCCGACUCACUGCGUCUCAUCCUUCGCGUCUUGAUCAUCACUUUGAUGGUACAUCAAAUAAUAGGUCCAAAGAUAUUUCCCGUGAUCUUUGACAAACUUUCACAAUAUAUCGCGCUUCCUGCGAAGUUUGACGUUAAAGAACAACAAGAGGUCCAUUUCCGCAUACAUUUUCGUCUAAUCCUGGUAGUACACCCUCUGGACAGAAGUUGGGUAUUUCAAAACCGUUCUUCAGGAGUCGUAUCCUUCAAAGUGCGACAGAAAAACAAUGAUCAGGUCCAAGAAUUCGCCGCCAAAAUCCCGCCAGGCGGUCGUGAGACCUUACCAGAAGGCGAAUUUUGCAUCUUUCAAGCUCUUGAAGUUAAAAUCACUUCCAUUUCGGACCCCAAGGUCCAUCCCCAACCCUAGCCUCCCUCAAUGAACUACAGAGAGGCUGUGCUAUUCUUUCUUAAUCCAACCUAUCUUGGAGGCUUCAAAUUUAAAGAACCAAGAGCUCAAAAUUCAAAUCAUUUGCUACCACAAAUGAUCACCAGACACUAAUUUUUGUGGGGAAAAAGGAAACAAGGAAUCUAGUUAUGUUCAGGGGAGGACUUCCCAUCACAAUUUAGAAUGCUUUUUACACCUCUCUCAAUCCUAAACCAACAACACAAUUAAGAUUUCAACUGUCUCUCAUGACAACUAUUUCUAGAAGGCUUCAG